AUGAAGGCUUCUCAGAGUAGACAGAAGAGCUAUCAUGACAAGAGAAGGAAGGAUUUGGAAUUUCAAGCUGGUGACCAUGUGUUUUUGAGAGUCACACCCGUGACUGGUGUGGGGCGAGCCUUGAAGUCUAAGAAGCUCACUCCUCGUUUUAUCGGUCCCUAUCAGAUUCUGGACAGAGUGGGAAAAGUUGCUUACCGAGUGGCGUUGCCGCCAACUCUUUCUAAUUUGCACAAUGUGUUUCAUGUGUCACAACUCCGAAAGUACAUUCCAGAUCCGUCUCAUGUAGUACAGAUGGAUGACGUACAAGUGCGAGAUAAUCUCACUGUGGAAACUAAGCCUGUAAGGAUCGCGGAUCGGGAAAUGAAGACUCUGAGAGGAAGAGAGAUUUCAUUGGUGAAAGUUGUUUGGUUGGGAGCAGCUGGGGAAAGCAUAACGUGGGAAUUGGAGAGCAAGAUGCGAGACUCCUACCCCGAGUUGUUUGAAUCAGAGUUCAUGAGUUUAUGUGAACUGUCAUUGAUGAAUUUGUGA